AUGAUCAAGCUGGGCAACUUCGCUUGGCAGCUCCUAACGCGGGCAGAUGGCUCCAACCUGGGGGGAGUCCUCCGUGGGAGUAGAAAGGUGUGCAGCUUGUCAGUAGCGCGGCUGUCGAAGCAUCCAUACAAGCCGAAGACGAAGGAGGUUAUCCACCCACACGUGACUCCACCGGAGUUCCUCUCCCCAUCGGACUGCUUUGAAGCCAAGACGGACGAACUGCAGCAGUAUCUUCCAAGCAAUUACUACCGAACCAAAUGGGUAGAGUCACUAAGGGCAGGAGAACACUUGGGAAGUGACUACCCCUGGAAUUUAUUGCCCCACUGGAAGUUUUGGAAGAAGCGAAAGUACAACGUAGUCUAUGGGGAGGUCCCCUGGUUCGUGUCGAAGGUGAAGGGGGUAUCAUACUACCAGCGGCUGAACGUGUGGAUGGUGCAGUGGGUGGAGGAGGGGGUGCACCGGAUUCGGCGCUUCCGGUGCGCGUUUGGAGUUCUGCAGGCGAAGCUGGCGGCGGAGCAGUUCAGGCGGAACUUGGAGGAGUCGGGGCGCGUAGACAACCGCAAGUCCGAGCGCCAGCUGCGCAUGGACUACAUCCAGAAGCGGGACGAGCGCCUGCUCAGGAAGAAGCGCUACUCGAAGGUUUCCAAGGGGCAGUUUUAG